AUGGCUUCCUGCCAUGUCCGUUCAGUCAGUUUGCCUUCUCAAGCUUCUCACCCUCCAGCUUUCUCCAUCAUCCAACAGCAACUACACGACCUCAAGACGGCUCCACAAUCAGCUGGAUCUCUGAGACACAACAUCAUCAACCUGAAGGCUUUGUCACAGUGCAUAGACGACUUGCUCCAAACCCAACUUUCAGAACAGAGGAGCUCCCCUGAACCUGCAACUCGACUAGCCGUCGAGAGCUUGUUGGAUGCAUCAAUCAAGUUGCUGGACAUGUGCAGCUCAGUUCGGGACAUUAUGUCGCGGAUGAAGCAGUCGAUGAGAGAUCUCGAAUCGUCUCUCAGGAGGAUUCGAUCGGACUACUCGAGCCAAGUCGAUGGUUACUUGGUCUGCAGGAAAGGGUUGGGUCGUUUGGCCUGCAAGAACAUUAAGAUCAUGGAGAAGAGCCGAUGGAAUUACAUGUCGUCGGAGGAGGAGGAGAAGAGCUCGAAUAUGGUUGGGGAUUUGGUAAGCUUGUUGAGGGGAGUUGAGGAAAUAUGUGUUGCAGAGUUCAAGGCCAUUUUGUGGUUUGUUUCUGCACCAAGAAAGCCACAUUACUCCGUGGUCUCAAAGCUGAUGCAUUCCAAGAGAGAAGUGGUGGAGAAAGGGGAGAUUAGAACUGCAACGGUAGUAGAGAAGAAGAUUGAUGCUGAAAUGUUUGCGAUCAAGUCGAGCAAGUUUGUUAAUGCAGAACAGAUUGGUCGCUUGUUGAGAGGACUUGAGGGGUUUGGAUCAAGCUUGGAGGAAGCAGAGAAUGGAUUGGAGGGUCUUUUCAGGAGGCUGUUGAGAUCAAGAGUUUUGCUUCUCAACAUUCUCAGCAAUUAG